CGACAACGUGCCGAGCCGCCUUCCCUUUCUCCUCCAAAAAAUAACUUUUAUUCCUCUCUGUAUAUCUUACGAUGGACCCGGCAAAGCUCGCAAAGCUCCAGGCGCAAUCGAGUAACCGGAUCGGUGGAAAGGGCACUGUACGACGUAAAGUCGUGAAGAAGGCGAAGACGUCAACCGCGCAUGAUGACAAGAAAUUACAGGGCGCGUUGAAGAAGCUGAACGUACAGCCUAUUCCUGGUGUUGAGGAGGUCAACAUGUUCAGAGAGGAUGGAAACGUAUUGCAUUUCACUGCUCCGAAAGUACACGCGUCUGUCCCUGCCAACACGUUCGCGAUCUAUGGUGCGGGCAACGUGAAGGAGCUCACCGAACUCGUUCCGGGCAUCCUCAACCAGCUCGGACCAGACUCGCUCGCUUCACUGCGCAAACUUGCAGAGUCCUACCAGGCUAUUCAGGGUCAGAACCGCACAGCCGCCGGCGGUGGAGCCGCAGAAGGAGGGGAAGACGACGACGACGUGCCCGAUCUCGUCGAGAACUUUGACGUCGAGGACCAGCCAUCGAAAGGCGGUGAGCUCGAAGAUCUCAACUGAGUAUCUUCCUCUUGCGCUCUCUCCCUCGCCCCCUAUGUGUCGACGUGUGGAAUCCUAUGUUUCCGUGUAUCAAAAUAAACCGGCAGGGGUAGGAAUCGGGGACUUGUUAUUGUGGCAUAUUGGUGGAACAGUUGUGGUACGAUUUGGGGUGGUUGUCCUACUCCCUUUCUCUUGUGCUGACGAUACGAUUGAAACUACUGGUGACGAAUCUUUACCUAUCAUUAAACCCCCAUGUCUAUGUCGUUUCAUUUCAUUUCACUUCAACGCCAUGAAAACACCUCCAUCGUCUCCUUUCUAUCCAAUCGUGUGCUCGCUGUCUACAUCCCUUCACUGUCUACCUACACCCCAUGCAAAUGUCAUGUGUCAAAGUGCCCGUAUUUCCUCCCCUCUCUGUGUUUCUGUCUCUGUUUUGUUCUGUCUUUUUAAUGACUCAGUUGUUCACUCUGCUCUCGCAUCCCG